AUGGCCAGGUAUUAUAGGUCACAUCUCCGGUACGGGCUCGACCUAAUCGAACCUCCUUCCAUGGGGAUCUCGCCGUCGCCGAGUGACCGCGCCGCCGCUCCGGCUAGGCUGCUGCCGGUGCGGUACUACGUGCGGGACGUCUGGGAGAUAAAGCGGGAGGAGGACCCCGUCCACGACCCAGACUCGCCGCAGUCCCCGAGCCAGGUCGGCUACGACGUGCCGCCGCUGGUGUUCCCCAACCCCUCCCCCUCCCCCUCCUGGCUGUCCCGCCGGAUGGCGUUCGAGCGCCACCUCCCCGCCACCCACGACGAGCCGCCGCCACCGCCGCCGGAAGAACCGCCCGCGCGGCGCCCGGAGGAGGAAGACCCGGAUCUGUACUUCUGCCUCAAAGACCCCGACGACCCCGAGUUCGUGCGCCGGAGCCACGAGUUCCAGAGCAAGAGGUACGCCGUGCAUGCGCUGCGGGGCUACAACGCCGACCCCGGCAACGGCAUCAAGUACGAGCUGGUCGAGGGCAGCGCCAGUAGCAACAGCAUCCUGCUCGACUGCGCCGAGAUCCUCGGCCACGUCGUCUUCACCGCCAGGCCUGUCGCCGCCGGCGGCGGGCGGGAUCGGACCUUCUUUGCCGAGGUUCACCCGCCGAACCAUGCCCUCGCCUGCAUGAUUUCAUUGGACGACGACGGUGACUGCUGCCGAGGGGCGGCUGCCGACGACGACGAGCUGUGCCAGUUCUGUCGACGAGAUCUCAGGCACCCGGAGGUGCAUCCGGAGCUAAGGAGACCACCUCGUGGGUCGUCGGCGAUGGAAACAAUCGUGAAUUGUGAUUGAUUAAGACCCUGUUCAGUAAUCGACAAACUCCUGGAAUCUUCGAAGCGGGGAAACUGCAGCUCCGUCAUUUUCAACUGCAACUCCGGGGCAGAGUUGUGGAGCGGAGAACAGGGUCUAAAGAUUAACGCCUUACUUAUUCCUCUAGGAUAGAUUGACCGAAACAAAUACCGCACUACUUUGAUUAUCAAUGUAUGAACUGCAGGUUACGAGCAGUUUAAUUUCUUCAACAAGAAUUGGUGCAAUAUUUUGAGGCAAAUCCACAUAAUCUUUAUGCGAAUUUUAGUUCUAUGUGUCCUUUUGAGCAGAUAAAUUAAACAUAUAAAAGAUGAGCCAGUGCGCCCAACUAGCGGCCGUGGCCACGUCUCCUUUUAUUCCCGAGCGCUCGCUUCCUCCCGCCGCCUCCUUCUGUUCCUCUUCCUCUCCCUCGGCGUAGCCCCUCCACCUCCCUCCUUCUUUGACGGCGCCUGGUCCAGAUCGGGCUCAGGUCGUCGCGUGGUCCAGAUCGGGCUCAGGUCGUCUCCAUUGAGAGCAGGGGUGAACAGCUGGAAGCGGUGGGGAGAAGCGAGCGGCAGCCGGCAGGGAGAGGCGGAGAGCCACGACGGGGUGGACAGCGGGAAGCGGUGGGGAGAAGCGAGCGGCAGUCGACAAGGAGAGCCACGACGAUGGCCGGCGUCAGCUACCACUUCCUCCCCUCGCCGGUGCCGCGAGGCCGCUGAGCCCGCGCCCGAGCUUCCCGUCCGUGAGCGAUCGCUCCGCCCACCGACCGUCCCCCGUCCGUGUGCUUCUUCUCGGGAUGUCGACGCCACGGAGCUCGUCAAGGUGCCCUCUCGUCCCUCUUCACCUCCUCAUGCGUCUAUCUCUAUUCGAUUUGGUCCUCUGAUUCAGAUUUCUCACACAAGCGGAUGGUUGUUGUCCUCUAUUCGUGUUCGCGCUCGUGCAGCUCCCUCUCUGCUACUGCAGGAGGAUUGGAUUGGAUUGGUUUCUACUUGCUCUAUUAUCUAUUUGAGAAUCUGAGAUGCGGCCCUCCAAAUCUUAGGCCCCAGAAGGAGGAUUUGAGAGUGGAGAAGGAUCACCUGAAUGUGAUUUGGAGGAAGGAGUUGUCCAGGAAUCAAAAUGUUAUUAUUUUACUAUUCUGCAGGGGAGAAUCUAAAGAUUAUUUGUUUCUUUUUAUGCUUGCAGAUCGUGUUUAGUGUUUGGGAUUCACACCCUGCAUUGAUAAGGUCUGAAUUUAACAUCCAUUUUUAACACUGGGUUCCUCAAGUGUUUCAGUUCGUACUUUGCCGACGUACAAUCUAUUGGCCACAUUUUCUAGCACACUUAUUCCAACUGAAGUCAGCUCCUGCUUGCACUUCUCCACUGAGUGAAUGCUAAUAGUUUUAAAAAGAUAAACCACCCAUAGAAUUGGUUCUAAUUAGAUCCUCUGAAAGAUGCAAGCAGCUAGAGUACCUUAGUCCAUAGGAGUCCUGGAACUGAUUCAGAAGUUCUUGAGUAAACUGGAUCAGUGAGAAUAUUAAUUGAGUCACUGCUCAAGAAACAAAGUAGAAUAACGACAGCGUAGCUAAUACCAUUUGUCCCUGCAUGAUGUAUUUUCAUCUCAAAUGCAUUUGAAUGGCUUGAUUUUUGCAGAGAUCUUGUCACCUGCGCCCUUGUUUGGUCGUACAUAAAACCGUCAUCUUGCUUUAAAUUCAAGUGGUCAGGUCUUUGAUAGUACGCAUGGCUGAACCCAUCUUUUGUUGAAUUUGGGAACCGUCUAAUAUAGCUAUUUUUUAAGAAGGAGCUUGAACAGAUCUUAGUAUAUGUUAAUUUUGUAGAACUAAAGGAGCCUGACUGACCAGGUAAUUCCCAGCGAACUGAAGCAGCUAAGCUUGUAGGCAUGUGUACUAUAAACAGAACCAAGUUCUGCAUAUAUUGUAUUUGCAGAAAAUGUUUUUGGCCUGUACGGUUCUAACAAAUUUGAGGUGAUAAAUUCUGAACACUAAAAGAAUUAGUUUUGUAGGACCAGUUUUCUUGUAUGACCUUGCACUACUGUAUUGAUUUUCUUGUACUUGCAUGGUCGGACUAAUAAUCAGCACAACCUUACUAAUUCAAUAGGACUAAUUUAUUUGAACUAAAGCCUUAGUAUGUAUGUUCAUAAUACGUGCAGAUUACCACAUGCAGACUAUUCAUUCCUUGCCAAACUGCACAUGCUAGCUACUGUUUGAAGAUGGCGUUGUAAAAAAUGCAUAAGCUGGGGAUGGCAUGGUGAUGCUGCUGGUCGAGAAGUACCAUCCCAGAAUAAAUUUAGCAUCAACACGGUGAUUUGAGAAUGCAAACAAGCACAAUAGGAUCUUCCAUGUCAAUUGUUCCCUCCUUACCUGCCAAUGCUUCCUCCUGCCUUGCCAGCCGCGUGUGUCCUCACCUUUGUUCAUCAAUUCGUGUGCAGGUAUGGAUUGGUGAUGUUUUUGACGCCCAUAGAGCCAUUACCUCGUGCAUGUGUAUUUUGUGUGCCAGUUUACCAGUUAGUGAGUGAUAAUGUCCGUAUGAAUGUUUCAUCGUUUAGCAAGUGAUCAGCAACAGGCAUCUCUUACUUUUGGAUUGAAGUGCAGAUCUUGCUAAAGAGUUGACCAUGGAGUCAUUUAUGUAUUCUUAUGCCCCAAUGCUUCAUUAAGUAUUCUUAUUAUGCAAUAUAAAAUUAUUUCUUAUCGUCUUCUAUUGUUUCCUCUGUUUUUCUCAGUUAUUCAGAGAACACCAUAUGUUACAUGAAUUCUAGACUAUUUUCCUAGAGGUAGUUGUUAGAAUCAUCUUCUUGAAUUUGCCUACUUAGCAUCUAAUAUUUCACACUCGCCAAUUGUAAUAUCUCAUGCUUGCCAAUUUUUAGAAUCAAGUUCUUGAGUUUGCUUGCUUAACCGUGUCCCUGUGCAAUUGCUCACCAACCUAACCAAUUGUGAGUUUGUCCCACAUAGUGGAGUUUUUGUGAGUUUUUAUAGUCUAUAAAUUCUUGGAAGUUCUCUUGUUGCUGCUAUAAUGUGGGUGUGUUCGGCUUCCUUCUUCAUUUAAGGUGAAUCCUUGCUUCCAGGUUGGCCUAUGAAAUGAUGUAGUUUCUGCUGGAAAAUAAGUUGUUAUGCAAUUAUAGUUAGGUUGCCAAUUUUUCUUCAUAACUGCAUUUAAUGGUGGCUGUGAUGCUCAUUUUGCUCAAAGAAAGGUUGUCUAGCCAUGCUACUUUGUGAUUUAAGAAAUAGGCUGACACCAAAUCAGUAAUCCCGGACUUCUGCUUUCUUGGCCGAAAUUUACUAAUUUUGUUUUUCUUGUUAUCUUUAGCCAUUCCAAAACAUUUAUCUGGUUCUGUAGAAUUACAGACCAUAGAAUUAUAGCUGGCCAUAUUUUUGAAUGCGUGAACCUCACAUAGAUAUCAUGCUAAUGUAGUUUGACGGAAGUUGUAAAACCAAUGGAUAGGCAUCGUCUUCUGCUAAGGUUCCUUUCACCCUUCUUUAGAACCCAACAAGCAUUCAUCAAAAAUUAAAGAUCUUGGUUGGUGAUUCGUUUCAAUGGCCGGUAUAGUAAGGCUACAUCAAUUAUCAUAUUAUUUUUCAUUUCUUUUUGCCUGCCCUUGUUUCACAACCUAAUACUGAUUGAUCAGGUACAUUGCAAUGAGUGCUUACUUAUGUUUUGUCUCCUGUUAUUUUUUGAUUCCAGUCUUCAUACUUUCAGACACCUUUGAUAAUAUAGGAAGAAGAAAGUAUUCGCUCCAGACGAAGAUGUCUAGCUUGCUUGUGUGCUAUAACAUUAAUCAGUGCAUCGGGCCCAACGUUUUCUAUCAUUGGAACCUUGAUGAUUUAUCUCAUUUGAACAUAAUCUAACCCCUCUGAUUUUUGUCAGUACAUGAUUGUACACCUCCUAUGCCCGCCUAAUUGUGUGUUCAUUUUGUUAAUCAAGAAGCAUCUGAUUUUAUGGCUGGGUACGCUGAAAAUAUAUAAAACCGUUCUUCUUUUGGAUAAUUUGUUUCCCUUUGACCAAUCUUUGUUACUUGCCUACACAUCUGUGCAUAGCGUAAUGCUCCAGCAUGACCGCUUCGUGUGCUGCCUCGAGUCGCGCGGCCACUACACUCGCGCCGAGGCGGAGGCAGCUGCCACUCUCGACGCCCUCCACUGCGCGCUCUCACCGGCGGCGUUCGCAAAGCCUUGUCACCGCGCUGCAAGUGUUGCCCCCCUCCUCCCCAAGGGCAAGGUGAAGAAAGGUGCCUGUGUGGUUCUUCUGCAGCUCGCAGCGAGGAUUGCUGUGUCCAACCUGCACAAUAAUACCAAGAAGUCCUUCUUGGAGACGUAAGCCACGGCGCAUGUUUCUGCCAUGAUUUCCUUCGGUUGGUUUUCGUGGAUUUAGGUGUUGAAAAAUUAUGGGAUGUGGAUGCAGGAUUAAGGACAUGUACCUGCACUACAACGAGAGAUCUGGGCUGCUUCUUUGUGGCUUCCAAACUUGAAAUUUUUGUUUGGAAGUUAGUUUAGUUUUUUGUUGUGGAUUCACAUCUUCUCACAUGUACCAUCCUCUUAGACCUUUAGAUUUCCAAAAAAACUAAAUGAAGAUAUGGUGGUAUGUUCUCAAUAGUACAACUUAAAGCCUUGCAUGCUU